UUGAAGGUAAAAUUAGUGCAUCUAAAAGCGAGCGUGUGUUUACAAAUGCUGAAACGAUGAAUUUACGGGAAAUUAAAUUAAAGAUAGGGUUACUGCAUUGAACGUUCAUCAUCGAUAGAUUGUAGAUCUUCUAUCAAAGAACCGCGUUUAGAGCAGUAUUGUUGACAAGCUAGAAUGGCAGAUUUACCAGGGAACGUAGAAGUACCCAACCAAGUUUUGAAGAAUUUGAUGUCGCUGGCUUCCAUGGAAGAGCACAGCAUGCUUAAGCUUGCAGGCUUGACCUUGGUACAAGAAUUUCUAAAAAGUGACAAAAAGGGUGAAGUCAAGCUGACUUUCCUGCAGAAUGGAAUCCUGGAACCACUGUUGAUGGCUUUUGAUAAAGGCAUGGCUAGCCAUAAGGACUUGGUUUAUCUUAGAGUUUCUCUGAGCUGUAUCUUCUUCCUGUCGGGCCUUCCUGUAAGCCCAGUUCAGCCCCUGAUUUGUGAACAAGUGAUCAAAAGAAUGCUACAGGUCAUUGAUCAGAGGAGUUCCUUUUAUCAGUACCUGCCCAUUGUCAAACUUAAUCUCCAGAAGAUGUGUGAAAACAAACAUCUUGUUGGUAACAUUCAAGAGACUUGCAUUAAUGUUGAACAGUUGAAAAGCAUAAACAGAACGUCAAAAAACCAACUGAAAUCUAUCCCCCACCGCCCCAGUGUUCUGUUCCUGUGUGACAUCACUGAUUCUGGGGUUUGUGAAACAGGGUUAAACAUCAGAGAACAUUUACUGAGCAGAAACCUGACCUGGGCAAAUAGGAGUGUAGUCAAAGCCCCAACAAAAGAUAAUGAAGAGGAUUGGAAAGACUUGCUAAUUACACAUGUUGUGGAGGGACCAGUGUUUUGGGCUCAGGUGGGAAUAGAAACCAUCCAGAAUGCCCAGAAAAUCCAGGCCAUAUUGAAUGUGUACUGGAAAAACGGGGCCCUGGAACACUGUGGCUGUGAAAAGGGGGACAACAGGGUGGCACUACAGAUCAUUGAUGACGAAGUGUGUCCGGUCAGAAUGACUGUCAAGGAGGUCAACACCAGAGGAGUGUGUGGGUGGGCCAUGGAUGGGGGCCAGGUGAUACAAACUGACCAGAAGCAUGUUUUUGCCUUGCCCAAUGAGGUUCGUUUGGAAGCCUACCCUCCUCAGGCUUCCCUUUGCUGUUUAGAUGGUGUGCAGGCACCACCUGGAUGUGGAUCAGCUGUUGAGACAAGUCUGGCGGUUCUCUGUAACCUGACCAAGCGCUCCUUUCCAGCAGGGCAGUUGUUUCAGCAGAUGGGGGGCUUAGAUGUAUGUCUGUCCUUCCUGAAGACCUGCCCUUCGGUAGACCUAAAGUUACAGGCGUGUCAGCUCAUGUGUAACCUUUCUUGUAACCCAGCAAUCUCGACCAAAUGCUCAGAUAACCAGUUAAUACCAGUCAUGAUAGGUCUUUUACAGGAAUCCUUUGACAUGAAGUCUCCAGCAUUGAAGAAUGAGCUGAUAUUGGCCAUUCUGAGAACCCUAUCCAAUCUGAUGUAUUACAAUGAUGUCAACAGGUCCAUAUUCUAUCAGUUUGAAGGUGUGGAGAUUGUUACCAAGUGUUGCAUGCUGUACGGUAGAAGUCAUGCUGUGUACAAGGCGGCCACAAAGUGUAUUAAGAUGUUCAUCUGUAAGGCUCUGGAGAGGAAUGGGAAAAGUGACACCCCCUUACCGACAAAAAAGUCCAGCCCUGUUAAAACAAGGGGCUCCCAGGUCAUGCAGGAUACCCCACUAAUUAUGAGGAGAAUUCUUCUCCAAAACUCAGAGACAGACAAGUUUAUAUGGAAACCAAAAGCAGUAGAAAAAGUGGUCGAUGAAUCAAGAUUCCAGGAGGCUGAGAGCAGUGACGAUGAAUUAGCAGACCAUCAGUUUUCUUUGUUGGACUUGAAGCCAAGAGAACUAGUAGAGGCUUCUUCAAAAAGACAAGCAAUGGCAGUAGAUGUAGCAGAAGUUUACAGAAACUCUCAGCAAAGGGAGGUCUUUGUCAAUGACUCCAUGGUUUCUAUCCAAAAUAAUUCCACCAACGAACUUAGACCAAACAAAUCUGUCACAACAAUUUCUGCCAAUACAGUUGUUCAGCAUGUCUGUGGAAUGCUCAACAGUGGUAAAGGAGGAAACAUAUAUUUUGGAUUGUCUCCCUUGGGAAAAGUUGUAGGAAUCAAACUAACUCGAGAUGAGAGAGAUGAGUUCAGGCUCGGUGUAGAUAGAAUGAUGCUGGAUCGACUCAGUCCUUGCUUGCUCCACUCGAGCUUUGAUGUAGUGUAUACACCUGUUGUACGGAAACGGACCGUAGAGGAAGACAUCAUCCGCGACCCAGAGGAGAUCCCAGACUGCUUUGUUACAAAAAUUGUCCUGACCCCAACCCGAGGGGCCCUCCACACUGUGAACCCCGGGGAGGAGUGUUUCUACCGGUUUGGAUCCCGCACUACAUCGUUGUCCAUUCAGGAGUUGCGGCACUUGAUAAUACUCGAGGAGGAGGAAGAAUUUCGGGACAAAAUCAAAGUACUGAACACAGAACUAAAGGCCCUUCAACAACAGCUGGGAGUGGACAGAUGAUAUUUCGGAAUAAUUGGGUCAAACAGUUUGAAAGUUCAUUUUGUGUUCUUUUGCUUUAACUACUUUUAAAAGAGAAAAAUCAAGUGCCAAAAUUUUGUGGCAUUACACUGCAUUUAAAUACUCAGGAAUUUCCAGAGAGAAAUGUUUUUAUAACCUGUACCUGUUUUAUACUUAUGUAACCCUUGUUUUAGUUGAUAUUGUUUUUAAAAGACCAUGUGUUUACUUAAUUAGUGUUUUUCAGACCUUUUUUUCACUUUUUUCUCUAUUGUGAAGUCCCAUUCUCCUCUACAACACACCUAUUUUUUUCCACUGGAAUGUUCGUUGCAGAGACAGUGCAAAGUGGGUUUGGUAUUACCGGUAAAGGUGAUUAGUGAAGCAUGAAAGUCAUCAGUAAAUGUGUACUGGACCGACAUUAUGCUCUUUUUGUUUCGUUUUAGAACAUCAUUUUUCUUUAUAUUGCUGAAUUAUAUACGGUUUUAGUUAGCUCACAAAAGUUGUUUAAGUUUUCUUUAAUAAAAGACAUUUAUUGUGUUAAAUGCAACCUUG